AUGGACCGUCUCCACUCGUUCUUUGUCGCUCUCGAGUACCUCAACAUCUGCGAGUUCACUUUUGGAUCUGGUUCCCUCAACUGCCUUUCGGAGCUCGAGGAAUGGCGACAUGAGAAUCGUGGGUUGGCUGUGCUCCUUGCAGCCAACUUCCAAAACAGGAAAAAGGUCUACAAGCUCAACAAUGACAAGCGCAAGGACUUUCCACGUUCUCGCGCGCACCGAGAUUCUCAAGAACCACAAGCAGCUCUGAAGCGGCCGCGCUCGCGAUCGCCGCCCUCCACACCCGUCAAGAACGAGGCCAAGGCGCGUGCUGAUCGCGAUCGUCAUCGUGAUCCUGCUGUUCGCGACAAGCCUCCACCCAAGCUCGUUCAGAAGGAAAAGGUGGAGCGUGAUGCCAGGGUGCCCGAGAAGGCGCUCGAAAGACCUCCAGGGGACUUCUCAGUCCCUUCGGCGGUUGCUCAGAAUGCAUCAGCCAAUGACGCUUCUGCUCUGAAGCCGACAGCUGCUGCGCUCAUGCAACCUCCGCCUUGGACACGAUGGUCACAGAUCCCUCGUGACCCAGAUGUUGUUCGUGAGCUCGGCCCGUGGUGCCUCGAGGUCUUCGCAGGUUCAGCUCACCUCACAGCUCAAUGGCGGCAGUAUGGUCUCAAGACGCUCCCACCGAUUGACGUCGUGCAAUCGGAGCAGGUGCCUGAAGCACUCGAUCUACUUGACGCGGAGUUCUUCGCUUGGCUGCUCUUGUUGUGCCGCAUGGGAGCAAUUUGUUUCUUGCACCUGGGAACGCCGUGCUCUACUUUCAGCAUUGCUCGCGAUCGCCCUCAUGGUCCGAUGCCAUUGCGAUCGAAGGAGCUUCCGCUCGGACUCAACGUUCUCGACAAGGCUCAGCAACUCAAACUCUUCGAAACCAAUGAACUGGUCUGCCGUUCCAUUUCGCUGUUCGAGGCUGUGGUUCUUGCCGGCGGGGACGCAUCGCUCGAGAACCCUUUGAGCAGCAUCCUUUGGCAGGUCCCCCAGAUGCAACAGCUCAAAGUUCGACUUCAUCUCUAUAACGUGGACUUUGAUCAGUGCCAGUUCGGCGGCUACCAGCUCAAACGUGGGGCCGCGAAGCCGCUCCUUGACGUCGAGUGCGAGCCAGGUCAAGCGAUCGAGUGGUCUUUGCAGGUGAUUCACCCUUUUACUGUGCAUCCCGCUCUCCCCCCUAAGAUCUUGGAGAACAUCAAGCUGAUCCUCGUCGCCGAGAACUUCUUCAUUUCUGGCACAGCCGUGCUCUGGCUCUGCUACCGGAUACUGAUCAGCAACUCUUUGCGACGUCUACUUCGCGGCGUCCCCGACUACGUUGAUCUACAACUUGGUCUUUGCACCCAUGUCGCUCUCUAUGACGAGUUCUUUGCGGCCAUCGACUGCUCAGACAACGAACUUCUCCACAGCCUUCGCUCGGGUUUCCCGAUCGUUGGCGAGAUCCAGCGGUCUGGUCGGUGGCCGCCAUUCAACAAGCCACAAAAGCCGGUGCCUGUUCAAGAUGCGCUCGCACGGGCCUGGGAGAUGCGCGCUAAGAUC